CCGCAGUGCUGGCUAACGGCGAAUAUCAUUAAAAACAUAGAAAAAAAGUAAAACUAUGAAAAUCCAAUCCAAAUCUCGGAAAUUUCGCAAAAAUCUAUAAGCUGGACAAAUUUAAAAGCAUCAAGGCGGCCACGAGCAUCGAGGAAAUUGCUGCAAUGGAACCAUCCGCUUGCGAAGAUCUCAAGGCCUUCGAGCGGCGCCUCACCGAAGUGGUUUCCUCGUACCGGCCAUCAACCUUCCGCUGGCGCAUUGUCCUCUCUGCCAUGUCCAUGUGCACGGCCAUAAGUGCGUGGUACUGGCUAAGGGAUCCGCGCACCACCACCGUCCCGCUGACCGAGUCCCUGUUUAUUCAUCCUAUUUUCACAAUUGCCACUCUCGCGCUGAUUGUCCUCUUCACCCUGGGCAUCCAGAAGCUGGUGAUAGCCCCGCAGAUAAUCACCUCGAGAACGCGUACAGUGCUAGGAGACUUUAAUAUGAGCUGUGAUGACACGGGGAAGCUGAUAUUAAAGCCGCGACCCAGCAACAAUAACAGCACAUGAGCCGCCCAGGCACUUCCAGGACAAUCAAUUUAGUUAAUGCUUAAUUAGUCUCCUAAUUUCUAACCGCACCUUGCCCUUAUGUUGACCCUUGGACACCCUAGUUUUUAAAAACGGAAUUUUUAUUGAGAAAAAAAAACCCUACCAUUUUGUUUUCCUAUUUCCCAACCUUGUUUAAUUAUAGAAGCUCCAUUUGUACAAAAAAAAAAGUGAAAAACCUAUUGUUAAGCUUUAUAGUGUUUCGUUAUGGCGUUACCCAUCGCUGCCAAAUACAACAAGCUACACAUUUCAAUAAUGAAUUACUUAUUUCUAAUAAGCACAAUCCCGAUUGUGCAACCUCACAGAUGUUUUUGUUAAAUCAAGUUUUGUGAACCGAUUUCUGUAUAAAAAGAGCCUCUGGUCAGCUCAAAGGCAUCAGUUUCCAGCAAUCUGUACAACAAACCAGCUUUAACCAUGAAGUUCCUAGCCCUGUUCGCUCUCAUCCUGGUUCUCUGCGCUUUUACGGCUCAAGCUCAACAGGAGGCCAUGGUCGCAGGUGACAACACACCAAACCACCCCCAUCACCAUGUGGUGCGCAGCGUUCGAUAUGCCGCCAAUGAGCCGGAUUCCCCACCCAAGGGUGAGGCUGGCUGCUGCGGUUAGAGCGAGGUUCAUCGAAGGAGUAGGCGUGACUCCAACAAACUUGUUCCAACUUGAAAAACGCCUUGAAAUUUAAAUAAAGAAGCAAUAUUGAAAAAUGUA